AUGGGUUCUAUAGGCCUCCAGAACCGACUGCUGUGCCGUGUUGUCGAUGAGCUGGCGGAACGCAGACCAAAACAGCUUUUCUGUGUGCACCCCAUUUCCUCUGAUAUCUCUGCAGGGUGGCGGAAUAUCACAUUCAAAGAUCUUGCCGGGGCGGUGAACUACGCAGCCUGGUGGAUCGAGAGAACCGUUUGCCUGCACAAAAAAUCUGAGCCCUUGGCUUACAUGGGUGCAAAUGACAUCCGCUAUAUGAUAUUCGUACUGGCAUGCAUGAAGACUGGACAUGUGGCCCUGUUACCUUCCCCAAGGAAUUCCGAAACCGCAUUCCUACACGUCCUCAGCAAAACGGCAUGCUUCAAAUUCGUAUAUAGCGUUGAGAGACGGACACAAGUCCAAGGUCUCCAACAGAGACAGAAAGACAUCCAAGGAUGGGAGAUACCUGGGCUGUGGGAAAUGUUUGACAAUGGCGUGGAAAUAUAUUUCUACAAAAAGCGAUUUGGAGAUGUGGAGAAUGAUCCGUUGGUCAUCAUUCAUAGUUCAGGAACAUCCGGGCUUCCGAAACCGGUUUACUUGACAAACGGGUUUUGGAGUGUCAUGGACAACCUGCCUUCUCUACCAGUUCCACCAGGCAGGUGUGGUAGCGCGUUGAUGAGUCCAGCCAGAGAAGGCAAAUCUUUCUUCACGAUGGCUCCGUUCUUUCACCUGAUGGGUCUCUAUUUACCUACACAAUCCAUCUUUCACAACAUCCCUUUUGUUCUAAGUCCAGAAAAGCCAAUGACAGUGGAUCUGUUGGCUCGCAUUCUGGAUGAAAACGCCCCAGAAAUGGCAAUACUCACACCGUCUCUCAUCGAAGAGUUGGCCUCAACCCAAAAAGGGUUGGAUACGCUCAAGCGGUUUGAAAUGAUCCUUUUUGCAGGCGCGCCGCUGUCGAAGGAUGUUGGUGAUAUGCUAUGCAAGGAUAUUGAUUUCCAAACAGGCAUGGGUUCCAGUGAAGCUGGGUUUGUUGCCAAUUUAGUAGUCAGUGACAAAGCUGACUGGCAGUAUUUCGAGUGGAAUCCGGCAUAUGGGGUUGACAUGCAGCACAUCAUGGACGGAACAUACGAGCUGGUGCUUCAAAAGGGAGAAAACCGUGAUUACCACUGCAUUUUUCACACCUAUCCUGAUAUCCAGGAAUAUCGAACGAAGGAUCUUUUCGUUCAACACCCCACAAAGCCCAGUUUAUGGCGAUACAAAGGGCGUCUUGACGAUGUUAUCGUGCUCAGCAACGGCGAGAAAUUUAACCCGAUCGAAAUGGAGAAGGUCCUUGACGGCCACCGUCUUGUGUCUAGAGCUCUUGUUGUCGGCCAAGGCCGAUUCCAAUCCGCUCUGCUCAUCGAACCAGUCUGGCAUCAGUGGGAUGAGUCAUCCUCCUUGAGUUUCUUCAUUGAUGAGAUUUGGCCAACUGUCCAAAAAGCAAACGAGAUUGCACCUAGCCAUGCACGGGUUUUGAAAACCAAAAUUGGACUAGCCUCGAGAGCCAAGCCUUUCAAAACCACCCCUAAGGGCUCCAUUCAACGUCAAGCUGUGGUCAAGGAUUAUGCGGAAGAGAUCGAUGCCAUAUAUGCCCUUUCGGACGAAGAAUACCUGGGUGUAAUUCCUCAAAAAGCAUCCCUGGAGGAUAUCAUGCGAUACAUCCAGUCCAUCGUGUCCGGCUUGCUCUCAGUCGACCAUGUUGGAGAGACGAGCGACAUUUUUGCCAUGGGCCUGGACUCGCUGCAGACCCUUCAGCUCGGCAAGACCCUGCGAGGAGCCGUUCGUUCUCUCCGACCUGAGAGUGAUUUUCAAGCAAUUGACAGUCAAAAACUAUACUCCUAUCCAUCGGUUAAGCAAUUAUCGGAAUAUAUUUACUGUCUUGCGCAUGGUGACGAAACCGGUGUUGAUAUGGGAACCGAUGACGACUCACGAAGACGUGCGAGGAUUGCCGCGCUUGUUGAGAAAUACACCAAAGAUCUGCCCCAAACUCGAGUUACUGAAUUCAGAAGAGAUGGCAACCGUGCCGUUAUUCUAACAGGCUCCACUGGAUCAUUGGGGAACUACAUCCUGAGCGAACUUACCAAAGAUCCUACUAUCUCGAAGAUUUACUGCCUUAAUCGGUCAGACGAUGCUGAAACGAGGCAAUUGAAAGGUUUCGAAGGAAAGGGGCUUGAGAUACCUCCAAAUUUCGUUUCCCGUGUUGAAAUUUUUCCGGCCAGAUUUGGUUCCGAAAAACUUGGCCUCCCAGACCAGGUGUAUGAGAAACUAAAGAAGUCGGUCAGUACCAUCAUCCACAAUGCAUGGAAGGUCAACUUCAACCACAAAGUGGAGGCCUUCGAGGAUACCCAUAUCCAAGGCGUCCGCCGGUUGGUCGACUUUUGCAUGGAAAGCACCAACAAACCACAUCUCCAUUUCAUUUCGUCUUUCUCGACUAUCGGAGCCUGGAGCCAAAAGCACGGCCCCUCCGUCCCAGAAAUCCCGCUAGAAGAUCCGGAUGUGGCCACGCGGCAGGGAUAUGGAGAGUCUAAAUAUGUUUCUGAGCGUAUCUGUGCAAUUGCGUCUGCCCGUUCAGGAGUGCCGACCAGCAUUUACCGAGUUGGUCAGAUUGGAGGACCAACUGCUGAAAAGGGUCUCUGGAAUAAGCAGGAGUGGCUGCCCUCUCUCGUAGCAACCUCGAAGACACUCCAGCAAGUCCCCAAUAGCUUGGGAACCAUGCCAGUAGAUUGGAUUCCAGUGGACUCGCUCGCCAAAAUUAUUGUCGAAAUCACCCAAUCCCGACAGAGUACAGAGAUUUCACUGCGUUGUGCGGCUUUCCAUCUCGUCAACCCUUCGGACGCAUCUUGGAAGACUUUAAUUCCCACUAUUCAAAAGUACUACGCGGUCGAUCCUGUCGAUCUGAAUAGCUGGCUGGAAUCCCUUGAAGGGUUUAGCAAUCCCACCGAAUCUGACCUCCAGGAUAAACCGGCACUGAAAAUCAUUGAUUUCUUCCGAGGACUGAUAGGGAAGCAGGGUCCUCCAAAUCCUCCUGCGGAGACUACGAGAUGUCAGGAGGCCAGCCAGACGAUGCGUAGUCUCGCACCAAUCGAUGCUGCUUUGAUGGGGAACUGGCUGAAGCAGUGGGGCUUUUAG